AUGAUCAGAGACUGCAGAUAUACUACAGGAGAUGGUCAUAGACUGCAGACCUACUACAGGAGAUGGUCAGAGACUGCAGACAUACUACAGGAGGUGGUCAGAGACUGCAGACCUACUACAGGAGAUGGUCAGACACUGCAGAUAUACUACAGGAGAUGGUCUUAGACUGCAGACAUACUACAGGAGAUGGUCAUAGACUGCAGACCUACUACAGGAGAUGGUUAGAGACUGUAGACAUACUACAGGAGAUGGUCAGAGACUGCAGACAUACUACAGGAGAUGGUUAGAGACUGCAGACAUACUACAGGAGAUGGUCAGAGACUGCAGACAUACUAGAGGAGAUGGUCAGAGACUGCAGACAUACUACAGCAGUUGGUCAGAGACUGCAGA